UUCGGAGGGACCGAACCAACGCAAAAGUACUGAAACAAACCCCUUUUCCCCUUCCCUUUCCCCUCUCCUCUCUUCUUCGCCGGAAAAUGGACUCUCGCCGGGGUCCGCGCGCCGUCAGCGACCCGAAGGUCCGGCAGGUAGGUUUCUUCGCUCCGGAGGCGCCACGAAACCCUACAUCAGCGUCGCCUCCGGUAUCCGAUCUCUCUCCUGCUAGUAACCACUUGUCUCCCGUUAUGAUCCCUCCUCCGCGCCACGCACCGGCCGACCAACCUCCGCGGCAGUUACCAAACGCACCGCCUACAUACACGCUCCUCCGCCCCUCUGCACCUGCGAUCGAUCCUUCCUUUCCGGUCGGUAGUUAUAAUCCGGCUCCAUCGGUGACGACGGAGUUUUCUGAGGAUUCGCUUUCCUCUGCGUUAGGUGGGGACGGUAGCCCUCGAAAAUUCGCUACGUCUUUGCCGUCUGUAGGAAUCAAUUCGGCUGCGGCGAAUCCGAAUGGUGCUGCGAAUUUGCCCCAAGAUAAGAAAUUGCAGCAACAGAAGGACGCAGGCGGUGGAAAGCCGCUGAAGGAGAAGACUACAAAAGCAGAGCGGCGUGCACUUCAAGAAGCACAGCGAGCUGCCAAGGCUGCUGGUAAAGGUGAAGGAAGUAAAAAUUCCAAUGUUGCUGCAAAUCCCGGGAAGCCCGUGAAGUCAUCUUCGCAGAGGAAAGACAACUCUUCAGUUGCAACCUCUGAUAAAAAAGGUAUUCAUCAUCAACCCGAGAAAGAUCGAAAGAAAGAUAUCCCACAACCACGGAUGCAAUUUGAUGAUGAAAACAGAGUUGGGAAGGCAAAGAAGCGAUCAGCACUGAAGCAAACAGAAGCCCGGAACAGAGUAGAACUCUUUCGGCAUCUACCGCAAUAUGAACAUGGAACUUUGUUUCCUGUCUUGGAAUCAAAUUUCUUCCAACUCGAACAUGUUCAUCCUGCUGUUUACAAGGUUGGACUGCAAUAUUUAUCCGGUGAUAUCUCCGGCGGCAAUGCGCGCUGCAUUGCUAUGCUUCAAGCAUUCAAAGAGUCGAUCAAGGAUUACUCCACACCUCCUGAGAAGUCGCUUUUCCAGGACCUGUUGACCAAAAUCAAUAAUUAUGUUGCAUUUCUGAUCGACUGUAGGCCUCUUUCGGUCAGCAUGGGGAACGCCAUUCGCUUUCUCAAAGCCCGAAUCGCAAACUUGCGUUCCUUCAACCUCUCUGAGUCCGAGGCAAAAGCCAGCCUGACCUCCGACAUCGAUCGAUAUAUAAGCCAGAAGAUUAUUCUAGCUAAUAAGGUUAUCGUGAAGCAUGCUGUGAGCAAAAUCAGGGAUGGCGACGUUCUUCUCACGUACGCAUUGUCCUCCACCGUCGAAAUGGUGUUUAUGCACGCUCACGAGCUCGGAAAACAAUUCCGCGUGGUGAUAGUGGAUUCCCGCCCGAAGCUCGAAGGCCUGAAGCUAGUCCGUAGGCUCGUGGAAAAGGGUAUCCGGUGUACAUACACUCACAUAAACGCCGUUUCUUACGUCAUGCACGAAGUGACGAGAGUGUUCUUGGGGGCAUCCUCCGUAUUGUCUAACGGAACAGUGUACUCGAGGGUCGGCACGGCAUGUGUCGCUAUGGUCGCCCAUGAGUUCCGCGUCCCCGUCCUUAUUUGCUGCGAAGCCUACAAGUUUCACGAACGGGUUCAGCUCGAUUCGUUCUGCUUUAAUGAACUCGGUGAUCCCAAUGUGCUUUCGCAGGUGCUGGGUAGAAAAGAAAUCAAUCUUUUUGAGGGUUUGACUAAUAAGGAGACGUUGCAACCCUUGAGCCUUAUAUACGACACAACGCCUUCAGAUUAUAUAUCGAUGAUCAUAACAGAUUAUGGCAUGAUACCGCCUACGAGUGUUCCUGUGAUUGUGCGAGAGUACUGCAGAGAACAGCUGUGGAUAUAGAGAGACAUACGCAUACACACAGGUAUGCCAAAAUGCAAUGCAAUGGAACCCGGUAGGUUGUUUUUGCACAUUGACAAGUCUUAUCUCUCCAUUUUUGUUACAAUUACAAGAAGGUGGUAUGUUAGAUUUUAGGGCGAGCUGGUUUGAUAUUUUAGCCGAAUCUUAAUCUGAUUCUGCCAAGAGCGCGAAUUUUUCAGCCUCUCCGGGCAGUUUUUGUUUUCAGAAUAUGGUGAAAUAUGCGAUGGUUUUGUUCUUCAUAGACUCUUGGAUAUGACAUGAUUUUGCAUUUUUAUUAUUGGGUUUGUUGGUUUCUUGCAUGUUUGU